AUGUUGAAGUUGACGAAACGCUGUCGUUAUAUUAAUCUAGAUUUCAAUUUGAUUUAUCCAGCAAAAGAUAAUCUUUUAAAAACAAAGUGGGAUAAUUUUAAAACCAAGAUAGUGAACUACUACUAUGCCAACAUACGGAAUCAGCAAUCAAUAGAUCUUUUGAACCAAGCAAAAACGACGAAAAAAAUUGAUUUUCAAGACUACAUUUUUACAAUUCUUCUCAAUUCAGUUCUGCUGCCUUCAGCAAGAUUUAGUGUAGAUGGAAAUACAAAAAAGAAAGCCACCAUUAAAGAUGCUAAUGAAAGCUUCGUAUUGCAGUUAACAACAAUUAGCGAUUACUCAAUACGAAUAAAAGAAAUUAUCGGAGAUUUAAUUUCACCAGACGUGAAGCAUUGGAAACUGUUGGUGUUGCUAAUAGAAAUAGUAGAUUUAUUAUUUGAUUCAAGUUUUUCCAAUUUCGAUCUAGAUAAGUUAAAAAAUUUAAUUAAAGCACAUCAUCAAAUAUAUAUUCUACUUUACGGUAAUUUGAAACCUAAGCAUCAUUUUUUGGUGCACUACCCACACGCAAUUGAGAAAUGUGGUCCUCUCAAGUUUGUCUGGGCAAUGCGUUUCGAGGCAAAACAUAAAGAUGCAAAAACAUAUUUUAACAAUAUAACAUCUUGAGUAAAUCCUGCUUAUACAGCGGCUAUGAAAAGUUCUUUUUGUUUUUCAAAUUUUUUACAUAAGUAUAAAGAUGGGUUUCCGCAUGCUUUUAUCACUGAAACAUUUAUUACAAAGGACUUAACAAAAGAAGAAUAUUUUCCUAAAAUAUUGAACUUUGAAAAUAUUAACUAUCAAUCUGUUUAUGUUUCGACUAUAAUACAUUAUAAAGGAAUCGAGUAUAAACAAAAUAAUUUUUUAGCAUUACUGAAUGAAAUAAAUUGUUGUAUCUAUAAAAUCAAACUUUUUAUUUACGAAAAUGAAAUUAUUUACGUUCUAUGUUAUCCUAUUGAAAUUAUUAAAUUUGAUGCACAUUUUCAAUCUUACGAGACUGGUAUAAAACAAAAUUGCCUUAAACUGAUUAACAUAUCACAUUUCACAAGCCUGCCUAUGAAUUUACAUCAAAUUAACAAUGGAAAGACAUAUGCAAGAUUAAAAAAGAUAUAAUAAUA